UGCAUCCAUUCUUGUUUUACAGUAAAAUAUCUAUGGCCUCAAUCAGCCCAGCAGUGGUACUAGAGCUUGAGAAGAAUAGUCAGGCAAGUACUACAACUAGCAAGUUUGUGUUGCAUGAUGUGAUAUUGAGGGUCUUCUUGUUUGCAACUUCCCUAACAUCACUUGUAGCUCUAGUGACCAGUAAGCAAACUGAAACGAUUCCCGUGCCUUUCCCACCUUACGGAGCAUCUGUUGCAGCUGAAUUCACUGAUAUACCAGCCUUCAUAUAUUCGUCAGCUGUUCUCUCAGUGACUUGCUUCUACAGCAUAAUUACCACCAUCUUAUCUUUCCUUGCACUCGUGAAACGUUCUCCAACAUCAACAAAGUUGAUGUCAUGUGUUUUCUCAGUAGAUGUGCUACUCCUAGGUAUUUUAGCUUCAGCAACUGGAGCAGCAGGUGAAGUAGCAUACUUAGGACUCAAAGGAAACUCAAAUGUAGGCUGGAACAAGAUCUGCAAUGUCUAUGAUUCCUACUGUCGACACAUUGGAUUCUCGGUUUUAACCUCAAUCUUAUCCUCCAUGGUGCUAUCAUUCCUGAUCAUCCUCUACAUCGUUACUGUAUCACGAAGAUAAACAAAAUCACCACGCCAUUGAUUCAUCAAAAUAUUAAGAUUGGUUUUUAGCUAGGGCAGGCUCCCUUCAUGUUUUAUGCAUUGUAUUGCUUUUCAGGUUCUUGUGCAGUGUGUGACUCAUCUAUGUAAGGACCUCAGUUUGCAUUAAUGUUUAUUUAAUUAAGCUGUCCAUGAGUUAUACAUGUUAUACAUGGAAUGAGUUAUAUUAUCUCCAUGUUAACUAUAAAAUGGAUAGGGAAUUUUGGUUUAAAGAUGUUUGUAAAUAUUAUGGUUUUGAUAUUUAUCAAGUUCCACUCUGUAAAUGUUGAAGGUUUACUAGACAUACAA